AUGGCUCUGAAAGCGCUUGUGGGGCAAAUAAGCUGCAGUACAAAAGUAAUAUAUCAAGGAAAAACUGUAAUUAAAACUAAAUUUGUUACAGAGAUUAUGAACGAGGUGAUCCGCUAUCGCGGACCCAAAGGGAAGGAAGCACAGCGCAUAGAAUGGAGGAUCCUCAUAGUGGACCAGCUGUCUAUGAGGAUGGUGUCGGCUUGCUGCAAGAUGCACGACAUCUCGGCUGAGGGAAUCACAUUGGUUGAAGACAUCCAUAAGAAGAGGGAGCCUCUGUACACCAUGGACGGCAUCUACCUCAUCACACCAUCAGAGAAAUCUGUUCACGCUCUCAUAAACGAUUUUUCUGUCGGUAACCGCAUUAUGUAUAAAGCAGCACACGUUUUCUUCACUGAAGCUUGUCCCGAUGUUCUGUUUGACGAAUUAUCACGUAGUCACGUAGUUAAAUAUAUCAAAACGUUAAAGGAAAUCAACAUAGCUUUCAUUCCGUACGAACAACAGGAAUUGUUCAAUGAAUUGUGCAAAUCAUCAGCCGCUAGAAAAAUCAAAACACUGAAGGAAAUCAACAUUGCCUUCUUACCUUACGAGAGUCAGGUAUUCAGCCUGGACUCUCCAGACACGUUCCAGUGUAUGUACAACCCGGCGUUAACACAGACACGUAAUGCCAACAUGGAACGGAUCGCCGAACAGAUUGCUACUCUGUGCGCCACGCUUGGCGAAUAUCCCUCCGUGCGUUAUCGAAGCGACUGGGAGCGCAAUGUCGAACUCGCGCAGCUGAUUCAACAGAAGCUGGAUGCUUAUAAGGCGGACGAGCCGACUAUGGGCGAGGGUCCAGAGAAGGCUCGCUCUCAACUACUAGUGUUAGACCGCGGCUUCGACUGCGUGUCUCCAUUACUGCAUGAACUGACGCUUCAGGCUAUGGCCUACGAUCUUCUGCCUAUUGAGAACGAUGUGUACAAGUACGAGGCAUCUCAAGGUCAUAUGAAGGAGGUGCUUUUGGAUGAGAACGAUGAGUUGUGGGUGGAGCUCAGACACCAGCACAUCGCUGUCGUGUCCACUUCCGUCACCAAGAACCUCAAAAAGUUCACUGAAUCCAAACGUAUGGGAGGAGGUGACAAACAAUCCAUGCGUGAUCUAUCACAAAUGAUAAAGAAAAUGCCUCAGUACCAAAAAGAGCUGUCGAAGUACGCGACUCAUUUACGCCUAGCCGAGGACUGCAUGAAGACUUACCAGGGAUAUGUGGACAAGUUGUGUAAAGUGGAACAGGAUUUAGCCAUGGGUACAGAUGCUGAGGGUGAGAAAAUCAAAGAUCACAUGAGAGGCAUCGUUCCAGUACUACUCGAUCAGUCUAUCAAGAACUGUGACAAGAUGCGUAUCAUCGCGCUGUACAUAAUGUCCAAGAACGGUAUAUCAGAAGAAAACCUCAACCGCCUGGUGACGCACGCGCAGCUCGAGCCGUCUGACAAACAGGCGCUGCUAAACCUCGCCAACCUGGGACUUAACGUUGUCGUUGAUGGCAAUAGGAAGAAGCAGUACCAAGUACCACGGAAGGAGAGAAUCACUGAACAGACAUACCAAAUGUCAAGAUGGACUCCAGUUAUCAAGGACAUAAUCGAGGAUUCCAUCGAUGAUAAGCUCGACCAGCGUCACUUCCCAUUCUUGGCCGGUCGUGCUCAAACAUCUGGAUAUCAAGCACCUACUAGCGUCCGCUACGGUCACUGGCAUAAGGAUAAGGCACAACAAACCAUAAAGAACGUUCCACGUCUGAUCGUGUUCGUGGUCGGAGGUGUCUGUUUCUCCGAGAUUCGUUGCGCCUACGAAGUGACAGCUGCUCUUAAGAACUGGGAGGUCAUAAUCGGUUCAUCUCACAUCCUCAUCCCGGAGAACUUCCUUUCAGAUCUCAGCUCUCUCACUGCAUAA